UCUGCUUAAAAACGAAUAUUUGGAUAUCUCUGAUCACUUGCUCUUGUUGGAGAUCUACGCGUAAAAGCGCACGGCUGCUCCAUGGCGCUCAUGUGCAGGCAGAUCACCGGCAGCGCCGCGAGCUGCGCGGGUUGGGUCGGGAUCAUCGUCGCCACGGCCACCAACGACUGGGUCCGCACCUGCGACUACACGGUGGCCACGUGCGUCCGCAUGGAGGAGCUCGGCUCGAGGGGACUUUGGGCAGAGUGCGUGAUCUCCCCAGCCCUCUAUCAUUGCGUGGCCCUGAACCAGAUCCUCAGCCUGCCAGGUGAGACAGAAGGGGCGAGGGGAAAGUUCAGAUUUAAAGUUCUGGAUAACUUUUGGUUUGUGCGUAAAGUUUGACAGAAUUCGUUAUUUUGACAUAAAGUGCGUGAAGCUGUUAAGAUUUGUGUAAUUGCAUAAGUAAAGUGCACAUUGAACUAUUAGGAAGUUUUUAUUUUGAUCACUUUUUGGACAUUUUUAAUGACAUUUCUUAGUUUUCAAACCUAUAAAGUUGAAAUUUUGUCUUUCCUCAUCCACAACCUGUCAGAUUUUCACUCCAGAAAUGAUGAAACAAAAAACACAGAACAUGGCAUCACUUAAAAUACUUGAAAUAUAAGGAUUUUGAAUUAAUGUAACUGCAUGAAGAAAUAUUCAUCUUUCUCUGUCUUUGAUUUGGCUCCACCACUGCGCACAGAUGUGGAAUGCAGUGUUGUAACUGAACCCACUGAAUCUGUUUUUACUCAGCUUGAUCAUUUUCAUUUAACGAUCUCUUACCUUUUAUGUCACCUCGUUUCAUAGGAGAUAAUUUCAUUUUGUCUUGCAGAUUUUUUCGAUCCAAAUGUGUUUUUAAAGAUGGUUUUCACUUAAGGAUGCAAAAGUUUUAUGUGCAAAUUAAAGCAGCAGUAACUUUACUCCAAAAACAUCAAACAUGGGUGUGACAGAGCUUUUUUACAUACUUGAAAAACGAUCCUGUAUUUAAUUAUAAUGUCAUGUUUUUUUCUUUUAGUGUGGUAUUUGCACCUUGAAGAGUUGACUGCACAUGUGUGAAAACUCCUGACUGUAAAUCUCUGACAGAGUGCCAGAGAUAAGCAAAAACAGGCUUCUUCUUCUUCUUCUUUUCUCGUAUAAACCUCUGUCUCUCUCUUUUUUUUUUACAGCUCAUGUGCAGACGUCUCGCGCCCUGAUGAUAUGCGCAUGUCUGCUCGGCCUGCCUGCAAUGCUGCUCGUGCUCAUGUCCAUGCCCUGCGUCCGGCUGCAGAAUGACACCUCAGCUAUCAAGCUGCGCCGCGCGAGAAUAGCAGGGAUCCUAUUUAUUAUCAUGGGUUAGAUGGACACACACGCAAACACACGCUCACACACACUCAUACUAGAUUAGAGUUCCUCAGGUGACUCAGACUUUUAGAGACCACAGUCCUCGAGAUAACAGAGGAGGAUGUUUUUGAUGAAGUUAGUCAUCUAUCAAACAUCAGGCUGUAUCAACAAGGAUUCAAAACUACAGAUACUUCAAGACCAUAAAUUUAUCAAACUCUUAACUGAUGUAUCACAGACUACUACGCAAACACACCUGUCAUUGUCGCCCCCUGCUGGCCGCUAGGAAAAAUGCAAGUCUGAAUGUAUUUCACAAAAGCUGCACUUUAAACACCACAAAAUAUUUUUUACAGUCACACAGAAGAUUUUAAAGAUUUUAAAACUUUAAAAGACAUAUUUUUGUUUUAGCAGUGUAAUAGUUUUGAUCGUAGGAGACUGUGUUUUUGUUUUUUGGACACAUAUUUUGGUUUUAGGAUGUGCGUUUGGUGGGUCUUUUUCACUUCUUAUAGGAGGAAGGAGGGUCAUAGUGAGUCAAACUGAACCUCAUCCUGCCCGAGUUCAUCUGUCACACACACACACACACACACACACACACACACACACACACACACACACACCUGUUUCCUUUUGUGAGAGACAGGUACUUCCUGUAAACAGCCUCAGGGACGAGCGGCCACAUGAUUUUGGACACUGUGCAGAAACUCAAACUCAAUUUUUGUCUGUUUCUCUCUUUUAUCUCUUCUGUAUCCUCAUCUGUCCAGCUGUGCUCGGCAUCAUCUCCACCAUCUGGUUCCCGAUUGGCUCUCACCAGGAAGACAACCUCAUGUCAUUCGGCUUCUCCCUGUACGCCGGCUGGGUUGGCUCCGCCCUCUGUCUCUUUGGUGGCGCUCUGAUCUUGUGCUGCUUCGGCAUCGACCCCGCGACCCUGAGCAGGGAGAACAGCUUCUACUACUCCAGACAGGGGGGCACGGCCACGCCGCUGGAUCCCCCCGCCAACCACGCCAAGAGCGCACGAGUGUGAAGAAAAGAUUCUCCGAGUCUGGAUUUUAUUUUUCUACAUUUGGCUUAUCCAAGAGAGAGUUUCAUGUUGGUGUUAGCAGUUUGUACAGGACUCAAAUACAGUCAAAUCAAGUUAGACAACCAACUGCAGAGUCAUGGAAACACAAUCCACACAAAUUAUCGUGAGCUGGAUCUGCAGAAUCUUUUUUCUUCCUGUUGAAAUUUCUCGUCCUUAAAAAUGUUCAGACUGAGAUUGUAGACGUUGU